UUUUGUAUACUUUAUUCCGCUUCCGCUGUAAACACGUGUGUCAGUGUCAGAUCAGUUUUCAAAGGAAAAGAUAAAGUUUGAAAGAUGACAACUGUAAACGAAGCACAGAUGAAAUUGUUCGCCGAUCUUGAAAUUGAAAUGACUGCAGAUAUGUAUAACAAGAUGACAGCAUGUUGUUUACAGAAGUGUAUACCCCCCAAAUAUAAGGAGGCGGAACUCUCCAAGGGAGAAGCUGUAUGUCUGGACAGGUGUGUCGCUAAAUACAUGGAAAUCCACGACAGAAUCGGCAAAAAAUUAACCUCCCUCUCACAGGAGGAUGAGGCAAAAGUCAAACAAAUGCAGGCCCACCUCCAACAGACAUCCUGAAGUGUCGUCUGCUCAGUGUGGGGGCCAUUCGUAUCCGUGUUGUUAUUCAGUGAGACAUGUCAGUUCAUCAUUAAGGGAAACACAUGAUAACGACUUUUAAUGGCAGUCAAAAUGUAUAUAACAGUAAAAUAGGACUGAAUACAUAGUGAAUGCAAAUUCAUAUUGAAUUUUACUAGAAAUAAUAUUUGUUAUGACAUAUAUGUACAUAUAUGUAUUAUAAAAUAGAAAAUAU